CAAUAGUAUUUAUGUAUAUAAAAAUCAUACAUUAAUAAACGACAGUACCGGUGGUUAUAUACAACAAUCAUGAACAGCGUAUAUGUUUGUCUGUGGGCAUUUCUCUUACUGAAGACAGUCGCAGGUCAGUGCCCCGUGUUUGGGCCGGUUUCAUGCUACGACGACGACCAAGACGAAGGAAUGUGUGAGGAUGAUGAAGACUGCAGUCCAGGUCAAAUAUGCUGCACGAUAGGCUGUUCUAUACAAUGUGUUGAUCCUGUUGGCCAAACGACUGAGCCACCAAGCACGACAGAAAGUCAGCAAACCAAGGCAGCAUCAUGUUUUAGUCAGUCUGACUGUGAAACACAGCAGUGUUGUACCAACACAACGUCUGGGGCCCAAACAGGGAUUUGCCAGGACAGAAAACAAAUUGCUGAUGACUGUCACAACCCUAAUCCCACGGGUUUCUCUCACAGCGGCUGUCGAUCACCCUCAGCCAUAAUACACCCUGAUCUCUGUCCGUGUCAGUGUGACUAUGUCUGCAGUCCCGGGCCUCCUAAUGGAUACGGUGGAUAUAGAGGCAUUUGCAUGUUCUGGUAGAACUCUGGAAAGUUCGACGCAUUUAUUUGUUGUUUUUAUAUGACAGUUUGUUGUUACAUCAUUUGAAAUUGUGUUACACCAUGUGUAUGCAUUAAAAUUUACUUAUUACC